CGGUACGAAAACUAAAAUAACUGCAAAACCAGAAGCAGGGUGUCGCUGGAAAAUCUCCCGUUUUCUGGUUAUCCAAAUAAGCACAACUUUCUAUCUCUCUCUCUCUCUCUCUCUCUCUCUCUUGAGAGAAGAAUGGUCGCAAGCUCUUUGUCAAUCCUCUCUUCCACAUCUUCAUUUCCAUCUAAUUCCAGCUCGCAUCCAUCUUCCGCUUCCACUUCCACUAGACCCAGACGCUUCUACACCUCCAAACGCAGCCUUAAUUUGUCCGAACCCCCUAACUUCGCAAUCCCCAGGGCCUCUUUGAAACAAUCCAUCGAAGAUGGUUCGACGGAGCAGUUUUUGCAGAACAAUUCCAUUGCUGACUUCAUGAGGUUCAAGAGGGGUGUUGAUGGAGGCUGUGCGGAGUUGCAGACUGCUGUGGUCAGGUACAGGAAGAGGUUUCCCUGGUCUCUUUUGCGGCCUUUUCUUCAGGUCGAUUUGGUUUCGACGAUUCACAUUGCAGAUAAAGAGUACUUUGCAACCCUACAGAAAGAACUUGAACCUUAUGAUUGUGUUCUCUAUGAAAUGGUGGCUAGCAGAGAAAUUUUAGAGAAUAGAAGGAUUCCUACUCCUGAAAAAAGAGACAAAGGAUCACGCUCGCGAGGUUUUAACAUCUUGGGAUGCAUCCAGCGACAGAUGGCUCGAGUUCUUAUGCUUGAUUUUCAAUUGGACUGCCUUGAUUACCAAUCUGAGAAUUGGUACCAUGCAGAUCUUGACUAUGAAACCUUUAAAUUACUUCAGCUUGAAAAAGGUGAAAGCUUUUUCACUUUUGCAAGAGACAUGACCCUUAGAUCAACAAAAGCUUUGGUGCAGCCUGCUUCAAUUCCAGGAGACCUUGAUCCUUGGCGAUCCAAGCUUCUAUGGGCUUCACGUGUGCUUCCUAUGCCACUUGUGGGCCUUCUCAUCAUUGGAAGUGUUUGUGAUGUGGGGAACCAGGCAUCAGAAUUUCCUGAACUGGAAGCCUUGUCUAGGCUUGACUUUGGGGCUGCAAUGAAGGUCUUCUUGGCAAAGCGACUGACGUCUGAGUUCACACAGGUGACAACAGAUGUAGAAGAGAGUUCUGUCAUCAUUGGUGAAAGGAAUAGAGCUGCGGUGGAGGCUCUUGGAAGAGCCAUUGAUGAGGGCCAUAAUAGAAUUGCUAUACUAUAUGGGGGUGGCCACAUGCCUGACUUGGGGAGAAGGUUAAGAGAAGAGUUUGAUAUAUUCCCUUCACGUGUGCAGUGGAUAACAGCAUGGUCUAUAAGCAACCAGAGUCUACAUAGUGAUUCGCUUCCAUUUCUAAAGACACUCGCCAAAGUCUCGGGUUGGCCAUUGAACCGCUACCAGACUUUGGCGCUGCUCAUCUUUUCCUCAGUACUGGCAUUGGAUCUUUGGUUUUGGGAGCUCUUUUUUGGAACUACAGUGAGCUGGAUAUCAGAAGUUGUUUCUGAGGCUUUGCAGUAUGUUGAUAAUGCGCAGGUGAUGUGAUAAUCAUAAUGCAUAUGGUUCGUUAACAAGGUGACAUUCCGUAUACGCCUGUGUAAAAAUAUUUAAACUACACUGAUUAUAAGAUAGUAAAAAUUACUUGGUCAAUUCAAGAUUAAAGAGUAAUUCUUGAUUGACAUGAUUUUAUUGGAGAUCAAUGUGGUAGAAUAUUAUUCUUACGGUUAAUAACAUUUAUUAAUUCUAUUUAUAUGGUUA